AUGUGGCCUUCACACGAUCGUGCAGUUGAUAACUCCUCGACUUCCUCCAAAUCUCCUGCCAAAAGAAAGCAUCGCGAUCCCCGAAGUCUAAACAGCAACCCAACGAAUACGUCUUGCGAUACAUCUAAGGUUGAUAGUCCUUCGACGAAAAAGUUAAGGACAUCGCAAUCAUCAACCAAUCCUAAUAUGAAUAAAACGAUUAGGGUCUCGCGCCCAGGGACAAUAGAUUUGACAAGGCCUUCCAAUUUCCAACCACAUACUGGAGCGAAAGGAUUGGUGAUUAAGAACCUGAGAACAACUUCUCCAAACGACAGGGAGCAGUAUUUCCAGAAAACCUGGGACGAGCUAGAUGAUGCUUUGGCAUUAGUCUUUAGCAACAAACAGCCAGUAUCACCAUUGGAAGUUUUGUGUCGUGGAGUCGAAGCAAUUUGUCGACGUGGAAAAGAACAGGCAGAUCAGCUAUACAGACAUGUAGAAAAACGUUGUCACACACAUAUCAAGGAUGGCCUCUUACCAGCUAUUAUACGCAAUAGAGGUUUUAGCUCAGUGGAAACCCUGCGGACUGUAGAGAGAAUAUGGGGAAUAUGGAGAACUCAGCUGAUUCUGCUAAGAUCCAUAUUCAGCUAUCUUGAUAGAUCGUAUCUGCUGAACUCGAAGACACUCCCGCAACUCGAAGAUAUGGGCAUACGUCAAUUUCGUGAAAUAGUGUACAUGAAGGGAAAGGAGAUUAGCAAAACUGGAGCACAGGCAAUACUAGGGAUAUGCGAUCUUGUAAAAUAUGAUAGAGAAGGCCUGACUUUGUUCGAUCCAGUCCUUCUCCGAGCUUCGAUUGCCACAAUUCACAUCCUCGGUAUAUAUACAGAUCUUUUCGAGCAACGGUUUCAGGAGAUUUCUUCAGCCUACCUCGAACACUUUGCCACGGAACGGAGCUCCUCGCCACUGAGAGAAUAUAUCUCCUCUUGUGAUAAUCUAUUGCGACGAGAAAGUCUCCGUUGCGAUACAUAUAAUUUCGAUAGCACUACCAAGAAAACACUACUCGAUACUGCACACGAGAUUUUGAUCAGCAAACGCGCGGAUGUCCUGCUGGAAACGGUAGCUGUGUCCAAGCUUUUAGAAGGCGAAGCAAUGGCAUCACUGAAAUCUUUGUAUGAACUUUUGAGACUUUCGAAGAUCCAGGCACAGCUCAAGAAACCCUUCGCCAAUUAUAUAAAAGUUGUUGGGUCGUCUAUUGUAAUGGAUAAGGAAAGGGGCGAUGAAAUGGUUGUUCGUCUACUCGAGCUGAAGCGGUCACUGGAUAUUGUCAUCCGAGAUGCCUUCGACAAAGAUGGCACGUUUACUUUCUGUCUUCGGGAUGCAUUUGGACAAUUUAUAAAUGAGCGCCAAGUUGCUAAAGCAUGGGGUACAGAGACUUCUAAAGUUGGAGAAAUGAUUGCGAAAUACAUGGAUCUAUUACUGCGUGGGGGGCUCAAAGCUGUGCCUCGUUCUCUGGUAUCCGAUUCCACAGAUCGAAAUGAGGCUGAGAAGAAAGGACAUGCCAGUACCGGUGACGAGGAUGCAGAAUUGGACCGCCAACUGGAACAAGGUCUCGAGCUAUUCCGCUUCAUCGAAGGUAAAGAUGUAUUUGAAGCAUUUUACAAAAGGGAUCUGGCACGUCGCUUGUUGAUGGCACGUAGUGCAAGUCAGGAUGCUGAGAGGAGUAUGCUUACCAAAUUAAGGGGCGAAUGUGGUAACAGCUUCACUCAUAACCUCGACUCGAUGUUUAAGGAUCAAGAAAUUUCUCGAGAUGAGAUGAUUUCAUAUAAGCAGUCACUCAGUAACACAAGUAAGACCACUUUGGAUCUUCAAGUUAGUGUCCUCUCAUCUGCUGCUUGGCCAACUUAUCCAGACAUCGAAGUCAGCCUUCCCGCGGAGGUUGCGAGACAUAUUGAAAAGUAUGACCGGCAUUAUAAGCAUAAACACAGUGGGCGACGAUUGACUUGGCAACAUUCUCUUGCACACAGCAUUGUCAAGGCCAAUUUUAACAAGGGUGUAAAAGAACUCCUAGUUAGCGGUUUCCAAGCUAUAGUACUCGUUCUCUUUAACGAUCUCGAGGACGGUGGCCACCUUUCUUACACGGAUAUUUCCAAAGCAACGGGGCUCGUCGAUGGCGAAUUAGAACGAACUCUUCAAUCUCUUGCGUGUGCUAAAAUUCGAGUCUUGACCAAAUACCCCAAGGGUAGAGAUGUCAAUCACACAGAUACAUUUACCAUUCACCUCAAUUUCUCUGACCCGAAAUACAGGAUCAAGAUCAAUCAAAUCCAAUUGAAAGAGACCAAGGAAGAGAAUAAAGCAACGCUUGAGAAAGUUGUUCAGGAUAGAAGUUUUGAAAGCCAGGCUGCAAUUGUUAGGAUUAUGAAGUCAAGAAAGAAGAUGACGCAUCAGAAUUUGGUAGCGGAGGUCAUUAAUCAAACGAAAGCGAGAGGUGUUGUAGAACCGGCGGAGAUUAAGAAGCAGAUUGAGAAACUAAUUGAGAAGGAUUAUAUCGAGCGGGAAGAGGGCGGCUUUUAUACAUACUUAGCAUAA